GACGUCCGGCGCCUCUUCGAGGGCCUCUCAUCCGGUGGGUUCGGGGAGGGCGGCAAGGAGCCCAUGAUCACGCUGGAGGCCUACAAGGCGGCCGCGAAGAGCAACGAGGAUUUCCUGAUGUAUCUCGGGCUGGAGCCGUGGCGCAGCCGUGGAGCAGGGCCAAAGAGCCAGUGCGGCGCCGGCGCCUGGAACCGCGGGUGCACGCAGACCGCCGGCUCGACGAGGAGGCCUUCCAGGAGCGGCCACCAGAGCCCCUCGGCGUGGGGAGCCCAGGAGCACGUCGCCGUGCCCGCGGCGCAGCUGGAGGAGCUCCUCCAGCGCGUCCAGCGAAUCGGGGCGCUCAUCGGCAGGCAGGCGCCCGGCGGCGGCCGUCGGCAAGGCGCGUCGCAGGGCGGGGCGCCCGCCGCGGCGCCCGCCGCGGCGCCGACGGCCAGCUCGGCCGCGUCGAGGGACCUGAGGAGGGCCCUGCAGCCCAGGCACCGCCUCAGCCUUGGGGAGGAGCUCCUGCCGAGCAUCGCGGAGGAGGAGGAGGUUGGCGGAGAGGCUGCGGCGCCCCUGUGCGAGAUCGUGGCCGAGCUGGAGCGGGCGGUCCAGCGCUGGUGCCACGGCGACGCGCAGGCGGCCAAGUCGGACCGCACGCCCAGAUUUGGCCUCGCCCUGGACUUCCCAAUCUCGCCGUCCAGCCAGGAGCAGGCAGCCGUCGAGGCGCCGUGCGUCGACUCUCUCAGGCCGGAGUAUCUCGUCGCCCGGACGCCCAGCGGCUCGUCCAAGCCGGUCCGGAUCACGAGCGGGAGGACCGCGGCUUCGGACCCUUCGUCCUUCGAUGCUGAGGGGCACCUGCGCCCCUCGACGCCGCCCAUCAGCCCGGCGCGCUCUGCCCGACGCACGGGUUCCAGCCGCAGUCCACGGCCGAAGCCCGCGCACCGGCUGCUGGGGCCGAAGAAGGGGCUGUCGGUCCACUUCGGCCACGAGAACUGGAACAUGGUGAUCAGCAUGAUGGUGGGCAUCCGGAUGGCUGUCGGGCGUUGCAAGAACGAGUUCAAGCGUGAGCUUCAGCCUGUCGACUUCAUAAUGAAGGAGAAGUUUAGCAUCGUCCCGCGGCUGGCAAACAUCUUUGACUCCGCCGUGUCGAAGCGCGUCACUGUGACCCGGUUCAUCGACUACGCCCCGAUGGCGUUCCAG